UAUUAUUUUAUUUUUUCAGCUUAUGGAAGACCCGACCAGCAGCCAAACGUAGAAAAUAAUGAAGAAGAAGGUUACUUGGGAGACGAAACAGAAUAUGACGAAGAAUCAGAGGCAGACGCUGAUAAUGAUAACAAUGGGGCACUUGCAGAACCCCCAGAAAUAAAGACCAAACCCCAAAUGAUCGAAGUUAGACCGGGUAGCAACGUUGAGUUGCCAUGUUACAUUGUUAACGGAGAUGCCUAUACGGUUGAAUGGAAGAAAGGCAACGUCAGCUUGUUCUUCGGCGACUCCGAUAUGACUAAAGAUAUCACCUCGAAGAUAGUCACGACUGCGAAUCACAGUUUAAUUAUUUAUAAUGUGACGAAGAACGACUCCUCAGAUUCUUACACGUGCUCUCUCUUAGGUGUAGAACAACCGGUGGAGGUCAUACAUAAGGUCCAUGUUAUCGACAGACCGAAGGAUGAUGACAAGCGGAUCCGCGUUGUUCCUGGGAAGCGAGUCGAGGUCAACGAAAAUGAGAGUGUUACUUUUGGUUGUGAAAUUAAGGGAUCACACAAGAUUGUUUGGUCGCACAAGGGAUCAUCGUUGCACAAUGGUGAAGAAAUAGACAAAAAUGGCAAAUACGUUAAAAUAAUUAAAGCCAAUAGACAUCAUGGAGGUCUUUAUCAAUGUCUUGCUGAUGUACCGGAAGACCGUCCUCCAUAUGAAUCAAUUGACGUAGUUGUCAAGUUCAAACCAGUAAUAGAAACAGAGCAUGACAUCGUUCACACAGGAAGGGGACAGAUUUCUGAGUUGAAGUGUAAAGUUCACGCCCACCCUCGCGCCAAGGUGACAUGGUCGAAGAACGGCAAACCGGUGACCGGCAGAAAGGACAAGAAACUUCAUCCUGAAGACAAAUCUUCGCGUGUACUGAUAAUUGAACACACUGACAAUGAUGACUUCGGUUCCUACGUUUGUACUGCUUCAAAUGUGAUGGGUGAAGCCAGCAAGGAAAUUAUUCUUACUGGUACUCCGGCUAAGCCCAGGUGGGUUGGAAUGGACCGUUUGGACGACGAAAAAACAGUUGUCUUCAAAUGGAAAGUUAAAAGCUACUCACCCAUCAAGGAGUACAAACUGGAGUAUCGUCGCAAAGGCGAUGCAGAUUGGAAGUCAGUGAGUCCUAACGUGAAAGACGGAGAAGGAGAUGAAUUUAUGGUGGAACAUGCUCUGGAAGGUCUUCAGGCGGGCGUGACGUACGAGACGAAACUGCUGGCUAAGAAUGAGUUGGGAUGGUCGUCCAGCUCCGACACUCAUUCCUUCGACCUAGAAUACAUUAUUGCUUCGCCACAAAAUCCCUCAGAAUCUAAGAAUGCAGCAUCGACGCGAUCGCUUGCGGCACUCUCGGUACUCCUAGUCUUCUUGUCAUACAUUUCAACGAAUAUUUAA